GGCGGCUCGGUGGGGUCCGCCCCUCGGGUGGGGUACGCGGGGCGCGGCGGGCGCGGGCUCCUGCUGCCGUGGCCUCGCUGCGCCGUCUGCCCGGCCCCCGGAUGGGCCGCGGAGUGGGGAGGAGCGCGGAUGCCCCUCGGAGCCGCGGGCUGCCAGGUCUCAGGUCCUGAGGCCGCUGGCAAACUAUGGGGACGACGGCCAGCACCGCCCAGCAUGCAGGGUCAGCGGGAGCUCCCUUCCAUGGCCUGCAGGGCGGCGGCACGAUGGACGGCCGGCACACGCUCAGUGUCCACUCCUUCCAGACCGCAGGCUUGCACAACAGUAAGGCCAAGUCUAUCAUCCCCAACAAAGUGGCCCCCGUCGUGAUCACGUACAACUGCAAGGAAGAGUUCCAGAUUCACGACGAGCUGCUCAAGGCGCACUACACGCGGGGCCGGCUCUCCGACGCCAGCCCCGAGCACUACCUGGUGCAGGGACGCUACUUCCUCGUGCGGGAUGUCGCCGAGAAGAUGGACGUGCUGGGCACCAGGCAGAGCUGUGGGGCCCCCAACUUCCGGCAGGCGCGGGGCGGGCUGGCCGUGUUCGGCAUGGGCCAGCCCAGCGCCUCGGGCUUCAGGCGGGUGCUGCAGAGACUGCAGAGGGAUGGGCACAGGCAGGACUGCCUCGUCUUCUGCGUGCGUGAGGAGCCUGUGCUGUUCCUUCGUGCUGAGGAGGACUUCGUGCCCUACACGCCGCGGGACAGGCAGAGCCUGCAUGAGAACCUGCAGGGCCUGGGGCCCGGGAGCUGCACUGAGAGCUUGGAGCUGGCCAUCCGGAAGGAGAUCCACGACUUUGCCCAGCUGAGCGAGAACACGUACCAUGUGUACCACAACCCUGAUGACCUGCGCGGGGAGCCGCACGUGGUGACCGUCCGGGGCGAGGACGAUGUGCUGGUGACCGGGGAGGUGUUCCAGAGGCCGCUCUUCCUGCAGCCCACCUGCAGGUACCACCGCCUGCCCCUGCCUGAGCAGGGCGCCCCCCUGGAGGCCCAGUUUGAUGCGUUUGUCAGUGUCCUCCGGGAGACCCCCAGCCUGUUGCCGCUCCGGGACGCCCACGGCCCACCCCCUGCUCUCCUCUUUAGCUGCCAGACGGGCGUGGGCAGGACCAACCUGGGCAUGACCCUGGGCACCCUCAUCCUGUCUCACCACGGAGGGAUGGCCUCCAGGCCGGAGGCGGUCACCGCGCAGGGUAAGCCGCUGCCCGUGGAGCGGCUGCAGGUGAUCCAGGACUUCAUGCACAUGGUGCCCCAGGGAAGGAGGAUGGUGGAGGAGGUGGACAGAGCCGUGGCCGCUUGUGCGGAGCUGCAGGACCUGAGGGACGUCGUCCUGGAAACCCCGAGGGUGGCAGAGGGCGCCCGGCCGGGGAGCCCAGCGCGGGGAGGCAGCGAGCAGCCCGGAGUCCGGCAGAAGGCGCUGUGGAGCCUGGAGCGCUAUCUUUACCUGAUCCUGUUUAACUAUUACCUCCAUGAGCAGUACCCGCUGGCCUUUGCCCUCAGUUUCAGCCGCUGGCUGUGUGCCCACCCCGAGCUGUACCGCCUGCCCGUGACGCUAAGCCCGGCCACGCCCCCGGCCCCCCAGGACCUCAUUGCCCAGGGUGCCCUGGGGCCCGAUGAUCUCAUCUCCCCAGACGCCCUGGGCACCCUCCGAGAGAUGGACGUGGCCAACUUCCGGCGGGUCCCCCGCAUGCCCAUCUACGGCACAGCCCAGCCCAGCACCAAGGCCCUGGCCCGCAUCCUGGCCUACCUGACGGAUGCCAAGAGGAAGCUGCCGCAGGUGGUGUGGGUGAACCUGAGGGAGGAGCCGGUGCUGGAGUGUGACGGGCACCCCCACAGCCUGCUCUGGCCCGGGCCCGCCCUGGCCCCCGACCAGCUGGAGAGCCUGGAGAGCCAGCUGAAGGCCCACCUGAGCGUGCCUCCCUCGGGGGCGCAGGGCCCUCCCACCCCCAGGUUCCAGACGUGCCUCACCUCGCAGGAGGCCUUCAGCCAGCUCCAGGCGACCUGCCCCGGCCUCACCUACCACCGCGUGCCCCUGCCGGACUUGUGCGCCCCCCGAGAGGAGGACUUUGACCGACUGCUGGAGGCGCUGCGGGCUGCCCUCGCCAAGGAGCCGGGCACGGGCUUCGUGUUCAGCUGCCUCAGCGGCCGGGGCAGGACCACCACAGCCAUGGUGCUGGCCGUGCUGGCCUUGUGGCACAUCCAGGGUUUCCCCGAGGUGGACGAGGAGGAGCUGGUGAGCGUGCCUGACGCCAAGUUCACCAAGGGCGAGUUCGAGGUGGUGAUGAAGGUUGUGCAGCUGCUGCCCGACGGGCACCGCGUGAAGCGGGAGGUGGACGCGGCGCUGGACACGGUCAGCGAGACGAUGACGCCGAUGCAUUACCACCUGCGGGAGAUUAUCAUCUGCUCCUACCGCCAGGCCAAGGCGGCCCGGGGCGAGCGGGAGGCCCAGCGCCUGCGCCUGCGGAGCCUGCAGUUCCUGGAGCGCUACAUCUACCUGGUGCUCGUCAACGCCUACCUGCACCUGGAGAAGGCGGGCGGCUGGGUGCGGCCCUUCAGCACCUGGAUGCGGGAGGUGGCGUCCAAGGCCGGCGUCUACGAGAUCCUCAACCGUCUGGGCUUCCCCGAGCUGGAGAGCGCCGAGCCGCCACCCUGCUCCCGGCUGCGCCUCCGGUGGCAGGAGCAGACACGCAGCCCCGAGUCUCCUGUGGCCGGGGACUUUCUGUAGCGCCCCACGCCCCGCCCGCCACCGCAGCUGCCCCAGGACGGCCCCGGGUGCGUGGGGCUGGGGGCCCCUUCCUGAGAGCGCUUCUGUCGGGCUCUUCACUCACCCUUGCCCUGGGAAGGCCACUGUCCACCCCCGGCUCAGCCCCAGCCUGGGCCACCUGCCACGUGGGGCCUGGGACCCCCGGUGUGGAGCGGGCUCCCCCGUCCCCCAGUCCUUUCCUUUCACUGUCUGUGGAGCUGCCCGCAGGGAUGAGGGGUGGGGGUGGGAUGGCGACUCUCGUGUCCCAGCUCAUGGACAGCAGGAGGGACACACGCCCCGGCCUCCCCCCUGCUACCCCCCCACUCUAGGUGCUGGCAGGAAGGCGCCCCCGGGGAGGGAGGCAGCCCCAUGGGAGCGCCUGGGCCAUGCACCUCCCUGUCCACCGCCCGGGCUCCUCCUGGACCCCCUGAGGGAGUGGGGUGGCCGUCCCAGGCCCUGUCGGUGCUGAGCCCCGCCCCGGAGCUGCAUUCCUUGGGGCUGUCAGCAGGGGGAGCUGCUGCGUGGCAGGCGGGCCGGUCUGGAGCCCUGCACACGGCAGCUCUGGGCGCUGCGCUUCUGCAGAGCGCCAGGUGGGGGCGCCACAGUCAGGUGUUUGGGGAAGCUGCAGAGGGUGGGGGAUGCUGAGUGCAGGAGACGGGGUUGGGCUCCCCCAGCACCCUGGGAGUGGACCGUGAGCGGCGUUACUAGGUUUGCCUCUCUCCUGCCCCCAAUAAAAGGGUUUGUAGGAGGCCGGAGCGAGACUGAAGCUCACGUCUUCCCAGGAAAAUAUUUGACUUCCAGGGCGAAAUCCUUUGCAGAACUACUGUAUGUCCGUUCACUACCUUUCUGGAUUGGGCCUUGGUUUUAUUUUCAUUUUCCCGUGUCCAAACAGUGUUCAUUUCCCUGCCCACAAGCCCGAGGCGAAGGCCGGUGGCGGCCCGCGGGAUCCUUCGUGACUGAUGGGCCUGGGUUUCCGCUGGGCUGGGCUCCCGCGGGUCCUUUCACCGCAGCCCCAUUGUUGUCAUCUGAAAAGUAGGAGAAUAAUACUUGCCUACCUACCUCACAGGGGUGUUGUGAGGACUCA